CGGUUAUCGCAAUGCGAUCGUGUUGUGUUCGUGGAUAACGGAAGAAUUGUAGCCCAUGGUGAACAUGAAGAAUUACUCGCAACUUGUACUCAGUACAAAGAGUAUUGUGAAAGUGCAUCUGUACACGGACGAGAAGUCACCAUGAAGCAAAGCUUUUUGGACAACUCAAAUCUAGAGGGACGGGUGGCUUCUCCGUCAGAUGAUGAUUACGACAAAGUCGAAGACAUCGAUAUUCGCGAUGCUAGUGCGAAACUUAUUUCAGAGGAUGAGAAUAAAGGCAGAGUUGUCGAUGAUGAAGAGGAUCUGGGCUUGGCUGCAAUGUCGUUUUCUGUUUACAAAAGUUACAUUCAUGCCGCUGGCAGUUGGCUAGUGUGGGUGUUGUUGCUUGCUGCCUUUGUUCUUAACAUAUCGGCUUCAAUUUUCUCCACUUUUUGGUUGUCACGUUGGCUGAAGACGGGUCAUCAUGAAGAGCUAGUCGAAGCUAACGGUAGCGUUCGAUUGCAUUCGGAAGGAAGUCUUGCCGAUAGUCCUGAUACACCAUAUUACUCAACGGUUUACGGUGUUUCGCUUGUUGUCCUUUUUCUCUCGGGACUUUUGAAGGCCAUGAUUUUCGUAAAGGUCUCUCUUAAUGCUGCAAGCCGUCUGCACAAUGGCAUGUUCUCGUCGGUAAUUCGAGGAACUGUUGGCUUUUUCGAUUCGACGCCAACUGGCCGAAUUCUCAAUCGAUUCUCAAAAGACAUGGAUGAAAUCGACGUCAAGCUACCCUUCACAGCUGAGGUGUUCCUGCAAAAUAUGAUCACAUGCAUAGGAUUUCUCCUAGUUAUUGCUUGGGUAUUCCCUGCAUUUCUCAUAGCUUGUAUUCCACUAUUGGCUAUUUUCUUACUGUUUGUGAUGUGCUUCCGCGCUGGAAUAAGGAGUCUCAAGCGAUCCGAAAAUAUUUCGCGAUCGCCUCUCUUCGAUCACAUCACCACCACUAUUGAAGGCCUAGCCUGUAUUCAUUCGUACGGUCAAACUGUGCGAUUCCUUGAGACACUCAAACAUCGUCUCGAUGCAAACAGUGGUGCUGUGUUCAUGUUCCAAUCGGCUAUGAGGUGGUUAGCUGUAUGGCUGGAUCUUCUGGUAGUAAUGAUCACCUCCAUUGUGGCAUUUUUCAUAGUCAUACUCACUGGAACCAUUUCACCAGCCGAUGCAGGCAUGGCGCUCGCGUUCGCUGUUCAGAUGAGUGGCAUCUUCCAAUUUGCUGUACGUACACAGACUGAGCUUGAAGCAAAGAUGACGUCAGUUGAACGAGUGGCGUACUACUCUGAGAACAUCCAAUCUGAAGGCGACUGGGAGACCAGGAAAGGUGUAGACGUGCCGAAGGAAUGGCCACAGAACGGACAGAUUGAUUUCCAAAGUGUGAAGCUGCGCUAUCGUCCAAAGUUCCCACUGGCUCUGAAUGACGUCACCUUCGAAAUUAAGCCCAAAGAGAAGAUUGGCGUGAUUGGAAGAACUGGUUCAGGAAAAUCAUCCAUAGGAAACGUUUUGUAUCGAUUGUAUCCGUUGACAUGGGGUCGAAUCUUUAUUGACGGUGUUGAUAUUGCUACAAUUGGCCUCCAUCGUCUUAGGAAAGCGAUGUCCGUAAUCCCUCAAGAUCCCGUUCUGUUCGCUGGUACUAUUCGAUCGAAUCUUGAUCCAAAUAAUGUGUACACGGAUUCUGAGAUAUGGAGAGCUCUGGAGAGGACGUAUCUCAAACCAACAAUCACCAAUUUCGAAAAGAAGUUGGAAGCAGAAGUUGCGAGUGGCGGAGAAAACUUCUCUGUUGGUGAGCGGCAACUGCUAUGUCUCGCAAGGGCUCUGUUGACAAAGGCUAAAAUUGUCAUGCUAGACGAAGCGACAGCAAGUCUUGAUAUGUCCACAGAUAAGCUCAUACAAAAGGCAAUUAGGGAAGUGUUUGUGGAUGCUACGGUAAUUCUUAUUGCUCACCGUCUAGAAAAUGUUUACGGUUUGGAUAGGGUUUUGAUGAUGGAUGGUGGAAAGGUGGUCGAAUUUGAUCGUCCGGAAGUACUGUUGAGCAAGUCGGCAUCGGAGCUGCAGAUACUGGCGAGAGAAGCAGGCCGUGAUGAGAUUUUCAUCGAGUCUGAGGGAGCCAAUAGUGAAAGUUCGCCAGAAAUUAUGGAGAAACCAGUUACCGGUGACAGUGAGAGUACGCCGGAGAUCAUCAAUAAGGACGUAUCCCCGGACUCAGUCAGUAUCCCGGAAAUGGUUGAAAAACAGGAAAGUGAGGGCGAAGAAGAUGACAGUGUGGAAAUUCUGGAUCGACCAGAGGUGAAUCAAUCAAGUGUUGACGACGACGAUUUAGAAAUGCUGAAUGUGCCGCCGAAAACAUGA